AUGCGUGCCAUAGGGAAAGCACCGUACGUGUACGUGCAAUCUCAUGUCUACUUCUCUGCUAAGGAUGAUCAAGGAACGUUCUCGGUCCAGGUAUUAGCUGACUUCGAUAACGAAGAUAUCGCCCAAGCUGCAACAACUGACAUUCAGUUCUCAAUAAAAGAUAAAUCCAUCCUUCUCCUAACAUCGAGGUACUUUUACGCUAUCCCAAAACAAGUACAUCUUUUGUCAGAAUAG